AUGCAGCCAUCAGUACCACGAGGUAAUAAAAAAAAGAUUGAUCAGCCAGUUAUAAUCACAACGGAUACGAAAUUCACUCCUAAAAUAUCAGAACGAACCAGACGAAAGCGACAAGAAGCUAAAGACAAUCUAUACAAACGAGCGAGAUUUGCAAGUGGACUUGACAUAUGUGCCACUUUAUGUCUCUAUGGAUUCUUAAUUCUUUGUGUCCUCAUUGGUGCAGGUGGUGUAGUUGUCUGUGGUAUUUAUUUUAAUGCGAAUGCUAGUACUCAAGGAUGGAAAAUUGCUGGUAUUGUACUUGGUAUUUUAACAUGUAUCAUUGGUAUUAUCUUAAUUUUAAUAACGAUACUUAAACAAGGACGUAAUAAACCAUGGCGAUAUAAGAAACAAGAGAACACUUUCAAUACUGACGAUUUCUAUGCUGAUCCUGAUGAUCUUAAUCAAACGAACAUUGAAGAUCUUGAUGAUAAAUCAACACGAAAUAAUACGCCUAUUCAUCGAGAUUCACCGACCGCAAGGAAAAAUGCUUCAGUUUCUCCUGUUAUUCACAUAUUAUCUGGUAGAAAAACACGUGAAACAGCUUCUUCUCCCAUACAAGAUCCAUCCGUUACACCUUUACAAUUAAAGACUAACAAUAAUGAUCUUAUAUUUUGUCCUGGUUGCAAUCGUUUACAUCCAAGUUCACAUCAAUGCAUGUAUUCAACACGUAUAGCAAAUGGUUUCUCAACGCAAAUUCAAACCAUACCAAAUCCACCCAGCAAAGGUUCGAUUGCUAUUCAAACGGAAGAUGAAGGAAAGAAGAUAAAUAAAGUUGUCCCACAUACAGUAAUUGAUCGCAGAUUAAAAUAUUCAAAUACUACUGAAACUCAAACAGAUGUUACAGCCAAUCCACGAUCAAACAUAACAGAAAGCAUUAUUUUACGACGUGUACCAAUACCAACAGCCAAAGUUAUUGUACAACAACCAACAACAAAAGUCAUGAUUGUAAAAGUUCCUAAUACAGCAGGACAACUUGUUAUUCAACCGAAAAUAGGAUUCAUUGACGAACAACCAAAUUAA